GCCCAACCAAACAAAUUAUAUUUGAUUAAACGUUUCCAGCAGCCUUGAAUAGCGAAAUAAAAGGAUCAGGCUGGUCGGAUUUGAGUGUGUGUAUUUUUAAAGACGCCGUCGCGACGAUUUUACUUUGGAAUUUUACUCGUAAGAUGUCUUCGUUGUCAGCUGUUCGUAAAGACGCGUUCGACACGCAAGCUGUCAGAAAUUUUUGUGAAUAUUUGCGGAUUGCCUCCGUACAUCCGGAUGUUAAUUACGAUGCCUGUGUCACAUUCCUCACAAAACAAGCAACAAGUCUGGAUCUGCCCAUCCAAAUUCAUUACGUGGUACCAAGAAAACCCAUCGUGAUCUUAACAUGGACCGGAACCGAACCUACUUGGCCAACCAUCCUCCUCAACAGCCACAUGGACGUGGUACCCGUUUUCGAGGACAAGUGGUCCCACCAACCAUUCAGCGCCAACAUAGACGAUCAAAAAAUCUACGCCAGAGGUACCCAAGACAUGAAAAGCGUGGGCAUCCAGUACCUCGAAGCAAUCAGACGACUCAAACAGCGCGGAAUCACUCUCAAAAGAACCAUACACAUAUCUUUCAUGCCAGACGAAGAAAUCGGUGGAGCUGACGGCAUGCGACAAUUCGUACAUACUAAACAUUUCCAAAAACUGAACGUAGGGAUCGCUUUGGAUGAAGGAAUGGCUAGUCCAACAGAAGAGUUCGUUUUGUUUUAUGGCGAAAGAUGCAUCUGGUAUUUGCACAUUCACUGUCCAGGAACCCCAGGACACGGGUCUUUGCUGUUGGAUGGUACAGCAGGGGAAAAAGCUGCGUAUAUAUUGAACAAGUUAUUCGCUUUCCGAAAACAGGAGAGGCAAAAAUUGGAUGAUAAUCCUUCUUGGACUGUCGGUGACGUCAUCACGCUGAACGUCACUCAAAUGAGAGGGGGUGUGCAAAAUAACGUCGUCCCUCCAGAGUUCGUAAUUGCAGUUGAUUGCCGCAUUCCACCAAUAAACGUCGAUGUUACACAAUGGGAGGAAACUAUCAAUCAGUGGUGCAAAGAGGCCGGCUCUGGAGUGUGGAUUGAGUACAAACAGAAACUCCCCCAAGUGCCUCCUUCAAGACUAGACAGUUCUAACCCGUACUGGAUCGCAUUUAAGGAAGCCGUAGAUCACCUUGGUCUUAAAGUGCAACCUCAGAUUUUUCCGGGUGGUACUGACAGCCGGUACGUGAGAGGUGUUGGUAUUCCUGCUAUUGGCUUUUCUCCUAUUAAUAACACUCCAGUGUUGUUGCAUGAUCACGACGAGUAUUUGGGUGUCGAUACAUUCUUGAAAGACGCACAAGUAACCAACUGUCCUCGAAAAGACCUAAAUUUCGAAAAAGUCAUCGGGUUACGACCUUCCACCCAUCGCCAUCCUGCGCUUUUAUAUAGGGCUGAAACUGGAGAAAUUGGAAUCACCGAAAAGUGUCUCAACAGAUGCCAUUCCAAAGAUGAGUGUAUAAGUUUUGUUUUGUUCUACAACACGAGUACCUGUUACUGGUUUAAGUAUGCCAUUGAAGGAGUACAAGAGCUCGAAAAUGAGUUAGACACGAACACAGCUUGGUUUAUUAAAGUUUGCUACAAAGUACCAGACUGUAACCACAUGUGGGUUUUUGAAAGAGUUCCUGGUGCCACUCUAGUCGGAAACAAUACCAAAGUACUGCCAAAAACAUACAGCCGCGCUGAGUGUCAACUAAACUGCCUAAACGAGAAAGAAUUUAAUUGUAGGUCUGCCAAAUUUAAGAUUAAGGAUGAUGAGUACGGUCCGAAUGAAGAGAUUAAAGGAAUGUGUAUUCUGAGCGAUGUCGACAGACACAUGAUUCCUAGUGCCUUUAGAGCGUCUGGGUUCGACGACGAGUACUUCGAGAAACAAUGUUCGAAUAACGAUUACGAAAUGGAUGGCGUCUUCUGUUCGUUCGAAGAGUACGACAAUGCUACGCUAACACACAUCGAUAUCGACUACAAAGACAAAAAUAAAGACGAAUGUGAAGAGUUGUGUGCAAACAUCCAGAACUUUACUUGUAGAGGGUUCAGCGUUGUGGCCAGAGAUGGACAUUUUGAUUGUUUUUUGCACAGCGAAGACAGUAAGAUACUGGGACCCAGGCUCCUGAAAGAACACAUCUCGGGAAAAUAUUUUGAGAAGACUCCCUGUCUUAAUAUUUCGAUUACUUGCUCUGAGACGUACAUGACUGUUGAGUUUGAACCCCGAAUGAGGUUUAUGGGAAGGAUGUAUAUGGAGGGAUAUUCGGAGCAACCGGAGUGUUUUGCCAAAGGAAGCGGUACCGAAGUUGUGGCACUUAAGUUGUCUUUGCUUUCUGAGCAGUGUGGGAUUAUUAAAGCGAUAGCACCAGAUAAUAGAACAUUAAUGGGUGGUACGAUGAUUCUCCAGUACAACCCUCUGGUACAAACCCAGGGUGACCGCAUCAUUCGAGUUGGGUGCGUUUUCGGGAACGACAGCAAAGUGCUAGCAGGAACAGGAAUUACAAUAACAACUGCCCCUAACCACGCAAGCCCUCUUAUAAACACAACAGGUACCGGUCCUGGUCCCAUCGUAGAGAUGCGCGUUGUAGAUUUAUACACCCAACAAGAAGUCAGCAGUACUCAAAUUGGCCAAGAGUUGCAACUAGUAAUCGAACUUAAACACGAUGACGGUUCAUUGGAUAUUUGGGCCGGCCACUUGAUCGCAAUGACUGAAGACAGUUCAGAAUCUAUUCUACUUUUGGACGACAAUGGUUGUCCAACCAAUCUCAACAUUUUCCCACCUUUAACUAAAAUUCUCACAAAUACUACCAAACUUCUGAUUGCAAAUUUUCAAGCUUUUAAAUUUUCGUCCUCUCCUAUAGUUAGGUUCAGCGUAAUUGUCCAGUUUUGUCCAAAAUCGUGUCCUCCUAUUAAUUGUGGGAGAGAUGAACAGUCAUCCAGACGCAUCAAACGUGAACUACAGACAAGAUCUCUUGAAACCAUUGAUGGUACAACAAUUGUUAAAGUCAACAGAUCUGAUUUUAACAAAGACUUAAGUAUAAUGCGUAUGCCAUUGGAAUUCGUCAUGAUUGUACGAAAUUCUAACGCAAAUUCAGAAAGACUUGUUUUAAGCGACGGAAAAGUGCUAGUUGCGGGCUAUGACUAUAUUACAAAUGAGGUUUGCCUAGACUACUCCCUCUUCGUAGGUCUAAUCAUAACAUGGGUUUUAAUCCAAGUGAUUUUUAUCGUAUGUUGUAUAGUACUGGUCAGACGUUACAAAAAAUAUUAUGAACAUGAAAGUACAACACAGUCUUUAGAAGAACUGAAUAAAAAUUUUGGUAUAGGGUUCAGCAACCUUGAUAAUCGUCGAGUGCAUUGGGCAGACAAUCGAGAAUAUAAUACAUGA